AUGUCAGGAAGUAACGUAAAUAUCAUGACAAUUUUAGACCCUUGUUAUCAGGAAUGUCAUGAUUUGAUCAUAAGUUAUUUAAAAGAUGAUAUGGAAACCUUAUAUUCGUGCAUCCGCGUGAAUAGAACAUUUUGUCGAAUUUUUAUUCCGAUCCUUUGGAAAAAUCCUUUUAAAUUAAUUAAAAAAGAUGACGAUAGAUUAAUUCAAGUGUUUAACACAUUGAUUCAGUGUCUUGACCCAUCAGAUAAAAAAUGGUUGUCUAGAAAAUCAAUUGAAAUAGAGAAACUUUCUACACCCAGGGCUUAUUUUAAUUAUCAGACUUUUAUCAAAGAAUUUGAAUUGAAUCCUUUGCAAAAAGCAAUGAGAUUUUGGACUUCGAGAAAUUUCUCAAGCGGAAAUGACCUGCCUCGAAAUGGUCAGUCUCGAGUUUUAAGCGGAGGAAGGAGGGUCAGCAAAAGAGUAUUUUAUAUUAACAAGUAUAUUGGGGAUUUAUUUUUUAACAAAGGGGGUCAAUAUGAGACUCUUAACUUGUUUUAUAAUGAUUUAUUAAGUGGACCAAGGUCGAUACUUGAUAUUUGUGAACAUCAGAAUCAUAAGUAUAGUUUAGUUAACGUUAAGAAAUUUUCGAUUGGAUUAUUCAAUAAUAACGGUACGGACUUGAUGACUCCUGUCACAGAAUAUGUGUUAAAGCUUCAAAAUGUUUUAUCACCAAAUAUUCAACACUUUCAAAUUCUUCAUAUUAAUUCGAUCAAACCUAAAUUAUCUAGAAAUUUAAUUAACUUUAUUCAAUCUCAGAAUCAGUUAAAGUCAUUAUUAUUAUCCCAUGAAUUUUGGAGGGAUGAAUUUGAACCCUUUCUUAAUGCCCUACGAAAGCAUUCGAAAUCUUUAACUGUUUUUAAAUUAGAAAGUUCAAUUUUAUUCACCUCAAACCUAUUAUCCAUGUUAAAAUCAUUACCAAAUUUAAUCACGCUCGAACUUAGGAUCACGCUGACUUCUGAUAGGGAUGUUUCACGAGAAAUUACGACGAUUACUUUGGAUAGUUUAGAACAUUUAAGUUAUGAUUGUUUUACCUCUCAUAAUACAAAUUCCAUUACAAUCUUUAAACAGAUCCUUUUAUCGGCGAAAAAGUUGAAAUCACUUAAAGUUGAAGAUUCUUAUUGUCCUUAUAUUAAGGAAAUUCAAGGGUUAUGUUUUUCGAAUUUAACUCACUUUCAUUUGGUUCUGAUAAUGCAUUCAAUUUCAUUAGUGGAUUUAUUGGAAUUAUUAAGAAGCAUGUAUCAAUUAGUUCACUUGAAAUUAAGUACCGCUAUAAUUCGUAAUAAUACCUUGAAUCACGUUGAACUUUUUAACGGUUUCCCUAAAGUGCUCGCUUGUUCUCUCAAAAUCUUCGAAUUUAACCUUCCUGUCUCUGAUAAAUCUUUGGAAAAGUUACUUGAUGAAUCUCAAUUUAAACUUGAAUGUCUCAAGUUGUAUCGUUUGGAACGUUAUCCGAUUAUUUCAUUAAAAGUUUUUAUCGAUUAUGCAAAAAGGAAAGGCAGUUUUAAAGAACUUGGUAUUACAAAGGAAUUUAAAUUUUCAAAGGAGCGUGUUGUAGAGGCAAUGAAUUACUUUAAAAUAACUGUACUCACGGAUGGUGAAAUCUAUAGUCCAUUUUAUGAUUUACCCAUUCAAAAUUCCUACUGGAGCAAUAGAAGAUAG